UAUAAAAGACGAAAGGCGAUUGCGAAUUUGCGUUUGCUUCUUUUAUUUUGUUUCCAUCUCUCUCUCUCUCUCUUCCUCACUGUCUCUCUCUGCAUCUGAUUUUUGCUGCCUAACCUCAGACAGAUACACUCAAAACACUGUCAUGCGCCCUCCCUCCGAUCCGUCAGAGCACAAAUCCUAACGCACGCAUCCAGCGCUCGUCUCCUCCUCCAUAAUGGCGUUCUGGUGGCCUCUGCUCGUCCUCGGAUUCGCCUACGCCAUUUGCAGGUUCCUCCUGAUGCUCAUUCCUCCCAGUGUGCCUUCGAUCGAGGUCGAGACCUCCGACGUUGUGGACGAUGGAACUCAGACGAAAGAGAACAGCUACAUCUACAUUCCUCCAAGAGGAAGGACGCAACAAGCUGAUCGGAAAGUUCAGUGCUAUGAACCUGCUACUAUGAAAUAUUUGGGAUACUUUCCAGCAUUGACAACUGCGGAGGUCAAAGAGCGCGUGGCACAGGCAAGGAAGGCUCAGAAAAUAUGGGCUACCAGUAGCUUCAAGCAAAGGCGCCAGUUCCUAAGGAUACUCUUGAAGUAUAUAAUUGAGCACCAGGACCUGAUCUGCGAAAUCUCUUCACGGGAUACUGGAAAGACAAUGGUUGAUGCCUCUUUGGGAGAAAUUAUGACAACAUGUGAGAAGAUCACAUGGCUUCUUUCAGAGGGUGAAAAAUGGCUUAAACCUGAGUACAGAUCUUCUGGGAGAUCUAUGCUUCAUAAGAGAGCCAAAGUAGAAUUCUACCCAAUUGGUGUCGUGGGUGCCAUUGUUUCAUGGAACUAUCCCUUUCACAAUCUCUUUAAUCCCAUGCUAGCAGCGGUUUUUUCAGGAAAUAGCAUUGUGGUUAAGGUCUCAGAGUAUGCUAGUUGGUCCGGAUGUUUCUACUUCCAGAUAAUUCAAGCAGCGCUUGCUGCUGUGGGGGCUCCAGAAAACCUGGUGGAUGUUAUAACGGGCUUUGCUGAAACAGGAGAAGCACUUGUAUCUGCAGUUGACAAAAUCAUAUUUGUUGGAUCACCUGGUGUGGGAAAGCAGAUAAUGAGGAAUGCUUCGGAGACAUUGAUACCAGUCACGCUUGAGCUUGGUGGGAAGGAUGCAUUCAUUGUUUGUGAUGAUGUAGAUGUCUCCCAUGUUGCGCAAGUUGCUGUUCGAGCUGCUCUUCAAUCGAGUGGACAGAACUGUGCUGGAGCUGAAAGAUUUUAUGUUCACAAAGACAUCUAUUCUAAAUUUAUCAGUGAAGUAUCAAAAAUUGUGAAAUCUGUUACGGCUGGUCCGCCACUCUUGGGAAAGUUUGAUAUGGGAGCCAUCUGUGUGCAAGAGCAUUCUGAAAAGCUCCAGAACCUUGUAAAUGAUGCCUUAGAUAAAGGAGCAGAAAUCAUUGCUCGUGGAAGUUUUGGCAACUUAGGUGCAGAUGCCGUUGAUCAGUUCUUCCCACCAACUAUAAUUGUAAAUGUCAACCAUACAAUGAACCUAAUGAAAGAAGAGGCUUUUGGCCCAAUCAUGCCCAUAAUGAAAUUUAGCACCGACGAAGAGGCAAUUGCCCUUGCAAACGACUCGAAUUAUGGACUAGGUUGUGCUGUAUUCUCUGGCAACCAGCGCCGUGCCAAAGCAAUAGCCUCCCAGAUACAUUGCGGAGUUGCAGCAGUGAAUGACUUCGCAUCUACUUACAUGUGUCAGUCGUUGCCAUUUGGUGGGGUCAAGCACAGUGGAUUUGGACGCUUUGCGGGCGUGGAAGGUUUGCGAGCUUGCUGCCUCGUUAAGUCGGUGGUUGAGGACAGAUGGUGGCCUUACAUCAAAACUAUAAUCCCGAAGCCUAUUCAGUACCCUGUUGCUGAGAAUGGGUUCGAGUUCCAGGAGUCACUCGUAGAAACACUCUAUGGUUUGAGCAUAUGGGAUCGCUUGAGAGCCUUAGUCAAUGUUCUGAAGCUCCUCUCUGAGCAGAACCCGUCUUCCAGCAGCAAAAGGAGAAGUGACUAGUGCACAGGUUAUCUCCCAUUGAACUGCAUCAUCCUCGGGUAGUGUGCCAUGGCGACUGUCCGAUCCAUGGCCGCUGCUUUGGCAAUUCACUAAUGCAACUGUGAACUUCAAGUUUUCCAAGGAUGAUGAAUACAUUAGCUGUUCAUCCUGCGGUGGAGAGCAUAGGCCGCGAGUCAAAUAAAGAAGAGUAGGGAUAUGAUUUUACUUACAGAGCCUAAUACUGCUACUCUUUUAACUUCUUGAAGACAUCUUAUAAAGGUGGACGGUGUUCCUCUCUUUUCCUU